AUGCAUAAGCCACCUGUGGCCCCUAAACCAAAGCUGCCUUACUACGAAAGUCCACGGCAAUCUCCUUUUAUCCCCAGAAAAGGUGGCCUCUCGCAACCAUCUCCUGGCACGCAGAUGAAGGUGAAACCGGCGCUAGCCCCCAAACCCUGCCCCUCUAAAUUCAACGCUCCCGUGGAAGAGAGGCAACCUGUCUGGACGAGCCCACGUCAGACAUCUGCGUCGGAUACCCCCCAGACUGUAGGUCGUCUUGCUUCCCAAAAUGGACUGCAGCACGAGAGCAAAAGGCCUGACUGGGAUUACGUUGUUCCUAUUUGUCUGUGCAGCAGUGACAACUGCACGUGCGUCAAUUCUCAAUGCACCCGCAAUCAUAGCAGAGAGAAAAUAAACAAUGAAUACUUCAGAACAACGAAUGCCUCUCCCACCCAUACUCACUAUCAGUCUGUUCAAGACGAACAUGCUAUUUACCAAAAUGUCACUGUAAAUACUAAUAUUUCCCGUCCUAAGGUGGCUUUUCGGCCAACUUCUCCUCACAGAACGCGGGGUGAUGAGGCAAAUGAUGGAAUUCUUGACGGUGUACCUGGACAAGUACCAGAGGAAGAUGCUCUCAGUGUGCCACGACCCAAACUAAUCCCAACUCCCCGUAGGAAGCCCAGUCCUAUCCCUGUACCACAGAAACCCAGGCAAGCUGUUCAGGACCAUAAGGAAAAGGUGGAGAAGGGGAAGGAAGAGUCUGUAAGCCAAGAUGGCAGAGAAAUAAACACCAAAAAUGUGGCGGUGUCACCAGACAGGAAGGGCACAUCAUCACUGUCUGUCAGUGCACCUGAAAGUGAAAAGAAACUGCCAGCUUUUCCGUCAGUGAAAACUUGUCCCCCUCCAGCUGCUCCCCCCAAGAAAAAACCUUUUCUGUCUGAGCUCGAAAAAGUACUGAGCUCGGCUCCUCAGGCAAUUCCAAAGGACGUGAAAGGGGAACAUCUCGAUUGGGACCGUGGCACUUAUGAGAUGGAUUUCUCCGCUAAAAAGGAUAAUAAAAAGAUUCAGAGGAAAGCAAAGGGUGAUGAGGAGGAAGCUUGUGGCAUUUUGCAUAGCCAGCCGGCCCUCAGCCAGCCUGUUGCCACAGCGGAGAAAACUGGGAUGGGUAAAGUACCUCCAAAGAAGCCCCAGAGAAAGAAGCUGCUGAAUCAGAAUAAGGGAUCCUCUGAGGAGAGAGCAGCAAGGGAGUUUGAAGGACACGGGAAAAAGAAGGAGCUGCCUCUGCCUUCCACUGACAUAUCAAGCGGUAACCAUCCAGCAGCUGAAGUUAAUAGGCAUUCUCGCUCCAGUGUGAGCAAAGCCAAGUCCUUCUCCGGCGCUGACAUCAUUCGCUCUAAAAAAGUACAGAAGACAAUUUCUUUCCGGAAACAGCCCUUGAAAUUAUCAAAGAGUAGGUUACCCAGGCAGACUGAAAAAGAAGACCAGUUCCCAGACUACACUCCCGAUGAUAAUGAACUAAGUGUUGACAACGACGAAGACCUAUGGCAGAACUAUCCCGAACGUAAAUUCUCCGCUCCAUUUACUGAGUUCGAGCAAAAUGUGGACGGAGAAAAUGAAGGAGAAGUUGUCCCAUUUGAGGACAGCCCUGUGUAUGAGGAGAUAUUAGACUACGCCAAUGUGGAAAAUUCAGAGCCAUAUCCUCAGGACCCCUACUCACAGCCUAAACCAUGGCAGAGCUCAGUUUACACUGACCCACAGGGCUUAUACUUACACCCUGACUCCUCGGAGAGCUCGGUGUAUGAUAACGAGGGCAUUUAUGAGGAGCAGGAUCCAUAUAUGUCCCUGGAGAAGGACCACCAACAGACACCAGCACUCUGUGACAGAAGCUCCUUUGAAAAAGACGUUGUUCUUGAGGUGCCGUUUGAUGAUGACUUUAUCCAGACCACCUCAGAAGACGAAGGCGAGAAUGACAGCAGCUCUGACUCAAGUAAAGGUGACCCUGAGCAGCCAGAAGAGAAAACGACGGCGAGUGAAAAGAAGAAAAACAAGAUAUUCAACAUUGCACAAGAAAUUAUGACCUCUGAGAGUGUGUUUGUUGACGUCCUGAAGCUGCUUCAUGUUGACUUCCGUGAUGCAGUGUCUAAAGCCUCUCGCCAGAGUGGGAAGCCUGUGAUUGAGGACCGUCUUCUAAACCAGAUACUGUACUCCCUCCCACAGCUCUACGAACUCAACCAAAACCUCCUCUCCGAACUGAGACAAAGAAUAGCUAAAUGGAACGAGAAUCCCCAGGUAGCAGACAUUUUCCUGAAACAGGGGCCCUAUCUGAAGAUGUACUCGACAUACAUUCGUGAGUUUGACAGGAAUGUGGCUCUUCUGGAUGAGCAAACUAAGAAGAAUCCAGCAUUUGGCGCAGUAGUACGGGAAUUUGAGGCUGGUCCACGCUGCGCCAGCUUGGCUCUGAAGCAUUACCUGUUAAAACCUGUACAGAGGAUUCCUCAGUAUCAGCUGCUACUCACAGAUUAUCUAAAAAACCUGCCUGAAGAUGCAGACGACUACAAAGACACAGAAGCUGCCCUUGCUAUAGUGAAAGAGGUGGCCAGUCAUGCAAAUGACUUCAUGAAACAAGGGGAUAUCUUCCAGAGUUUGAUCCGUGUCCAGUGCCUUCUGAUUGGCAACCAUGAGAUUGUCCAGCCUGGUCGGUUUAACGACAUGUUGCUGUGCACCAAACCCAUUCAGUCAGGCCAGUACAUGUUCAAAAACACGCUGCCCCUCAGAGGAAUGAAGGUUAGCAAACCGAGUCAAGAGGCCUAUCAGAACGAGUUGAACAUCGUGAGCGUGGAGCGCUCUUUCAUUCUCUCCGCGAGCUCGGCCAAGGAACAGGACGAAUGGCUUGAAGCGAUUUCCACAGCGAUAAGUGAACACACCAAGAAGACGAGCAGCUUUACCCCUGGCAAGCCUCAAGAUGUGCUGGAUGGCACUGAUGUUGGCGAUGGUGCUCCUUUGGGAUCCAAAGCCCCCAUAUGGAUCCCUGACAAGCGGGCCUCCAUGUGUAUGGUCUGCACCUCCAAGUUCACUCAAACAUGGAGGAGACAUCAUUGCCGUGCGUGCGGAAAGGUUGUGUGCCAAUCUUGCUCCUCCAAUGAAUUCCCUCUCGAAUAUAAAAAGAACAAGUUUACUCGAGUGUGUGACCAGUGUUUCCAAGUUCUUUUGGAGCAGAAAGGCGAACAGACCCAUCAACUUGGAAAAAGAACUGCGUUUACUUUCCACAAAAAGCAGAAGUUGAUACCCGCAACCCUCAAAGAGGUGACGGCCAACACAGACGACUCCUCUAUGAGUGGGUACCUGCAGGCAUCCAAGGUGGCUAAAAAGCAUGGGAAGAGGUUAUGGUUCGUCAUUAAAGACAAGGUCCUGUACAAAUACGCAGCAAGUGAGGACGUGGCAGCUUUGGAGAGUCUGCCCCUGCUGGGAUUUGUUGUAAAAGCUGAUUCCUCACAGACGUCGCAGUUCAAACUCUACCACAAAAACAAAGUUUACUACAUUUUUAAAGCUGACAGCCCAGAAACUACCCAAAAAUGGAUCACGUCUUUUAAAGAGGCUGCUGUGCUUUAAUAUCUGUUGUGUGAAGCUGCUGGCUGUGCUUGCCUCGGCUGAAAAUGUAUUACCUCAGUGCUCCCAGAAAUCUGUAAACAGCAUCUGGAGUCCCCAGUUUUGUGCGUUUUGUUUUUAUUGAUUUUAUUGUAAUUACUGUAACUACUUUUUACAUUGUUUUUAGAGCUCUCUUGUGGAGAUGGGAUUUACCCAUUUUUAUUUUUGCACAGUCACAUGAAUCUUUUCCACAUGCAUUUAAAAAGUUUAGGCUUCAAUGUCAGAAAUCCAUUUUUAGACUUUAAUUUUGGGUUAUGGUUUUAAUGCAAUUGUCUAAUGUCGUGCUUGGAUUGCCAUAGCACAAAUUUGGUGAAAAAGAGAAUUAUCCAUUAGUUACUAUGGACACGGCUGCUGUCAUAACAUGUGAACACACGUCUAUCCAGCAGAUUCCUAAAUAAAUUAUGUGGGUAUUUCCUGUGGUUUGGGAAUGCUUUUUUUCACACUUCAUAAGUUACCAUAGAGCACGUUCAGAGCAAUGUUAAAGCAAUGUUCACUUCCUGCUUGGGUAAGAAAUGUUUACUUUAUAUUCUUAGACUGGAGUCUGCAAUCUAAAGUCUCAGUGAUGUAUUGGUGGAGAAUUCACUGUUCAAACUGUCCCAUAAUGGGUUCUGCACUUAAGUCAAUCAAAUGGCUUCAUAUGAUUAUACCCUAAAUAUAUA